UGCUCUGCUGCGGCUCCGUGGCCUCCCAGGGAGCCAGCCAGGGCUCGCAGCCCCUCCGCCGGGGGCUGCUGUCAACGGAAGCCCCACUUCCUGCACCAGGCGGAGCGCGGCACGCAUGCCUCUUCCCUGGCGUUUCGCGGUGUCAACUUAUUAAUUUCCAUCUUGGACUUCAGGCCUGUUGGUUUCCUGUCUGAAAGCAUUAUGACUUUUGUCCAUGUGGCAAAAUAAUUAGCAUAGAGAUGAGCAGUGGCCGGGUGUCUGCGCGCCACUAGGGAAGAGGUGCGGUGGGAAGUUGAUUGGAUGCUCGGAGAACGAACGGUGGGCGUUCAGAAGCAGAAGAGUUUGCAGCGGUGGAGCAGGUUGGAGAAUUUUCUGGAGAAGCCCACUCGGAGGCGGAGCCGGGGUGCACGCAGCUGCCGUCUGGACACCUGUCUGCUCCACGUGGACCCCUGAGGAGUCGCCGAGCAUGAAAAUGGUGAAGCCACGUCCAGUGGGCAUCUCGGAACGCUGACCGGCUGAGGGAGAAAGUCGGACCCAAAGAGCAACCCCGGGUGAUUGAUUUCAGAGCGACUGCAUCUCUUGGAAGAGGGAAAAAAAUGUAGUCAUCAAAUCCAGUCAAGUGUUUGUGUCUCUGAAAUUGUCAACGGCGUCGGGUCAAGAGAGGUUCUGGGUGGUCCCCAGACGGAUGGCUGUCCAAGGAGCGACUUAAAGAUGGAGAAAUCGAGGCACAGAGAAGUUAAGUGACUUUGCUGCAGUCCCAGGCUGGGGAGGACCAGGAUUAGAAGGCAGAGAGGAGCCCUGGCCCUGGCCUGUGUCCUGCCCACAGAGUCACGCUGCCUCCGUUCCUAGGAGAGAAGGCUUCCUGCAAGAUGGAGGUGGACGCCGAGGAGAAGCGGCAUCGCACGCGGUCCAAAGGGGUGCGAGUGCCCGUGGAGCCGGCCAUCCAGGAGCUGUUCAGCUGCCCCACCCCGGGCUGCGAUGGCAGUGGCCACGUCAGCGGGAAAUACGCGAGACACAGGAGCGUGUAUGGCUGCCCCUUGGCUAAGAAACGGAAAACACAAGAUAAACAGCCCCAAGAACCUGCUCCCAAGCGAAAGCCGUUUGCAGUGAAGGCAGACAGCUCGUCCGUGGAUGAGUGCUACGACAGCGACGAGACGGAGGACAUGGACGACAAGGAGGAGGAGGAGGAGGAGGAGGAGGAAGAGUACUCGGAAGACGAGGAGGAGCAGAGGGACGACGAGGACGAGGCGGACCGGGAGGAGGAGGAGGACGACGAGGAGGAGGAGGAGGAGGAGGACGGCGAGGACGUGGAGGAGGAGGAGGAGGACGAGGAGGAGGAGGACGAGGAGGAGGAAGAGGAGAACGAGGCCCGCCAGGGGAGCUGCCACAACCCUCGCGGCACGCAGGACGUGGGGAAGGACGACGACAACGACGAGUACGACAACUAUGACGAGCUGGUGGCCAAGUCCCUUCUGAACCUGGGCAAGAUCGCCGAGGAUGCCGCAUUCCGCGCCCGGACCGAGUCUGAGAUGAACAGCAGCACCUCCCACAGCCUGGAGGACGAGGGCGACAAGCCCGAGGGCCUUGGCCGGAAGGCCGAGCUCAGCCUGGACCUGGACAGCGACGUGGUCCGCGAGACCGUGGACUCCCUGAAACUGCUGGCCCAGGGCCACGGUGUGGUGCUGGCGGACAGCGCCGCCGACCGGGCCUACGCCGACCCGCUGGCGCCGCCGGACGCGCGCAGCCUCAACUACGUGAUGCUCGGCAAGCCGGCGGGCGGCGGGCUGGCCGAGAAGCUGGCGGAGGAGAGGGAUGAGGAGGCGUGUCUGAGCAGCCUGGAGUGCCUGCGGAACCAGUGCUUCGACCUGGCCCGCAAGCUGAGCGAGACUGCUCCGCAGGACCGGCCCGCACCUCCCAACCCCGGCCUCCGCCCGCUCGGCCGGCAGGAGGAUGACUUCCCGGGCCGGACGCCCGACCGCAGCUACUCCGACAUGGUGAACCUGAUGCGGCUGGAGGAGCAGCUGAGCCCGCGCUCCAGAACUUUCUCCAGCUGUGCCAGGGAGGACGGGUACCGCGGCGGGGACGACGACGCGGCCUCUGUGAACUCGGACCGGUCCGAGGAGGUGUUCGACAUGACCAAGGGGAACCUGACCCUCCUGGAGAAGGCCAUCGCUCUGGAGACGGAGCGGGCCAAGGCCAUGAGGGAGAAGAUGGCGCUGGAGGCUGGAAGGCGGGACAGCAUGCGGUCCUACGAGGACCAGUCGCCACGACCGCUCCCCGGGGAGGAGAGGAAGCCGAAGGCCGGCGACAGCCACGUCAAAAAGCCAUACUAUGGUAAAGAUCCCUCGAGAGCAGAAAAGAAAGAGAGCAAGUGCCCCACCCCAGGGUGCGAUGGAACCGGCCACGUAACCGGGCUGUAUCCGCAUCACCGCAGUUUGUCCGGAUGCCCGCACAAAGAUAGGGUCCCUCCGGAAAUUCUUGCCAUGCAUGAGAACGUUCUCAAGUGUCCUACUCCGGGCUGCACAGGGCGAGGGCAUGUAAAUAGCAACAGGAACUCGCACCGAAGCCUCUCUGGAUGCCCUAUCGCCGCAGCAGAGAAACUGGCGAAGGCUCAGGAGAAACACCAGAGCUGUGACGCGUCCAAGUCCAGCCAGGCCUCAGACCGAGUGCUAAGGCCCAUGUGCUUUGUAAAGCAGCUCGAGAUCCCUCACUACGGCUACAGAAAUAACGUCCCCACGACCACACCUCGCUCCAACUUGGCCAAAGAGCUGGAGAAAUAUUCCAAGACCUCGUUCGAAUACAACACUUACGACAGCCACACUUACGGCAAGCGGGCCAUAGCUCCCAAGGUGCAAACCAGGGAUAUAUCCCCCAAAGGAUGUGAUGCGAAGCGCUACUGCAAGGACGCCAGCCCCAGCAGCAGCAGCACCAGCACCUACGCGCCCAGCAGCAGCAGCAACCUGAGCUGCGGCGGCGGCAGCAGCGCCAGCAGCACGUGCAGCAAGAGCAGCUUCGACUACACGCACGACAUGGAGGCGGCGCACAUGGCGGCCACGGCCAUCCUCAACCUGUCCACGCGCUGCCGCGAGAUGCCGCAGAACCUGUCCACCAAGCCGCAGGACCUGUGCGCCGCGCGGAACCCCGACAUGGAGGUGGAUGAGAACGGAACCCUGGACCUGAGCAUGAACAAGCAGCGGCCGCGGGAGGGCUGCUGCCCCAUCCUCACGCCCCUGGAGCCCAUGUCCCCACAGCGGCAGGCGGCGAUGGACAGCCGGUGUUUCCAGCUGGGCGAGGGGGACUGCUGGGACUUGCCCGUAGACUACACCAAAAUGAAACCCCGGAGGGUGGAUGAGGACGAGUCCAAAGAGAUUACUCCAGAAGACUUGGAUCCCUUCCAAGAAGCUCUAGAAGAGAGAAGGUACCCGGGGGAGGUGACCAUCCCGAGCCCCAAGCCCAAGUACCCGCAGUGCAAGGAGAGCAAAAAGGACUUGAUAACAUGUCCAACACCCAGGUGUGAUGGGAGUGGUCAUGUGACUGGUAAUUACGCCUCACAUAGAAGUCUGUCCGGCUGCCCGCUGGCUGACAAAAGCAUUCGAAGUAUGCUGGCCACCAGCUCCCAAGAACUCAAGUGCCCCACCCCUGGCUGCGACGGCUCCGGGCACAUCACCGGCAACUAUGCGUCCCAUCGGAGCCUUUCAGGUUGCCCGAGAGCCAAGAAGAGCGGCAUCAGGAUAGCGCAGAGCAAGGAGGACAAGGAAGACCAGGAGCCCAUCAGGUGCCCCGUCCCCGGGUGUGACGGCCAGGGCCACAUCACCGGCAAGUACGCCUCCCAUCGCAGCGCGUCCGGGUGCCCGCUGGCGGCCAAGAGGCAGAAGGACGGGUACCUCAACGGCUCCCAGUUCUCCUGGAAGUCGGUCAAGACGGAGGGCAUGUCCUGCCCCACGCCGGGAUGCGACGGGUCCGGGCACGUCAGCGGCAGCUUCCUCACGCACCGGAGCUUGUCGGGGUGCCCGAGAGCCACGUCGGCGAUGAAGAAGGCGAAGCUUUCGGGGGAGCAGAUGCUGACCAUCCGGCAGAGAGCCAGCAACGGCAUCGAGAACGACGAGGAGAUCAAGCAGCUGGACGAGGAGAUCAAGGAGCUGAACGAGUCCAACUCCCAGAUGGAAGCCGACAUGAUCAAGCUCAGAACUCAGGUAACAAUCACCACCAUGGAGAGCAGCCUGAAGACCAUCGAAGAGGAGAACAAGGUGAUCGAGCAGCAGAACGAGUCCCUCCUGCACGAGCUGGCCAGCCUGAGCCAGUCCCUGAUCCACAGCCUGGCCAACAUCCAGCUGCCGCACAUGGAGGAUGGUGUAUGGUGGGGGCAAUAAAUGAGGUUUUUUGCAUUCCAAGGAAAUGGCAUAUGGAUUAACUGUAAGAAAUGAGAUAAGUAAUUUAUUGUAAGACAACAUCAAGCCAUGGAAAUUUGGCAGAAGAUUCAAAGCAGCUUAAACAGCACUUUUAAAUUAACUCCUGAGCAUUACAUGGUGUGACUGUGGGAACUUCAGUUAAGACAGGGACUCAGGAGAGGUGGAUGUGACCUGAGGACCGCCUCUUCCAUUUUCAAUAAACUUUGGAACAAGCUUCUCUUAUCUCCCCGAGUCCCGUGCCCCCCGAACUGUCUGUUAUCGCAAUGUGCUUUCUCUAACAGAACCUGUGUGUUUUCCUUUAAGCUCAAAGACCGCGUAAGACUGUUUAUUUCCCCUUUCCUCCUUCAACAGUUAUGGUUACUGUUGUCGUUGUUGUUAUGAUUUUACGUGUGGGGAGACAAGCAGAUGAUCCGAGAGGCCUCCAGCUGCUGGGCCAGCCUCUCUGCCGGCCUGGGUGGGAAGCAGCCCCGUAGCGUCCCCCCGCCCCCUGUCGCUUUUGAGUAAGCGUGGGUCCCACCCAGAGGCAGGACGCCAUGUCCUGCCUUCCGCUGGAGACCGCUUGACCACGGACACGUGCAGAGCUCUGUGUGGUUUGUCGCGACCUCCUCUGAGCAUGAAUGCAAUCAGAGUUUAGGAGUAACUCGAUGUACUUCAGCACUUUCUGCUGUACACUAGAUCAUCGUAGACGUGUUUACACCCUGGAGAUCCGCUUGUCUUCUCCCGACGGCUGCACUAUGUGUACGCGUAAGACCACUUCCCGCCGCUGCAUCCCCGCCCCAGCGGUCCCGAGGGCGCCGCGCGGCCGCGCUUUCUGACUGACGUUGACCUGAUGUACAUGUGACAGCACCCUUCCUUCCGUGUCUUGAUGUUAUGCAGGAAGUACAAAAGUACUUUAAAAUUUUGUUAUGGAGAAAAAGAUGGGUUUUGUAAAAAUAAAAAAAAAAUAUUUUUAGCAGAACAGGACUUACAGGGUCAUUGUCCCCACAACGUGCCAGUCGACUAUUUGCACUUACCUUGUCCUAUAUAUCCGUGCGGAGGUGUGCAAUUCCCGCGUCAGUAGCCUUGCGACCCUGACCCUGGAAGAAUCUGAGGAGGCCACCCGCUGCCCCGCGGGCGUCGGGGAGGGCGCUCACAGGGACCUCACAGCAAACGCUGACACGGUUCUCCACCUCGGUGUGUAUAUGUGUACAAACACGUGCGCAUCCCAGCAGCACUUCGUACGGCUCGCUGUACAGAGCUUACAGUUCUCCAGGAGGACUUUGGUAACGAGCUGGGAGAAGACGGUGUCAUUCCUCGGGGCUCCGCGGCACCUUCUCGGGGGCCCUCCUUCUGUUGCGCGGUUCGUUGUGGCUGCCAUGCUCAGAAUUGCCUUUUCGAGAGCUGAAGCAAGGUGCUUCGCGUUCCGAUGCCAUAUAUACCGCCGGGGCCCCCGGCCCCGCGGGGCCCCGCUGUUCAUAUCGGCAUAUGCAUCCCCUCCCCGUGGUGUCUGCAGCUUCUUUGCCAAUAUAGUGAUGCUUUCAGUAGAGUAAUAGGUAGUGUCAGUUUGGGAUUUUUCUUGUCAUCACCUGUGUACAAUGGAAAGGGGUUUUAAGCACAAAUCUGCUGCUCAUCUAAUGUUGGGACAUAAUGUCAAAUCAGAAGCUAUCUGUCACUGUUACCUAGGGAGUCACAGAAGUGUCACACGUUAGAAUGCUGCCCUUUCAGAGGGAGUUAUUGUGAGUCAUCGCAGCUUAUUUAUGAUACCUUCUUGUUCAUGUUCAUUUCUAAGUUAACUUAAGUGAUCAUUUAUGAAGACAGAAUUUUGUAUAAAUAUUUAUUGUGCUCUCUGUGGAACUGAAGUUUGAUUUAUUUUUGUACUACACGGCAUGGGUUGGUUGACACUUUAAUUUUGCUAUAAAUGUGUGGAAUCACAAGUUGCAGUGAUAUUCAUUUUUAAAUUGUGAACUUUGUACAAAUUUUGUCAUGCUGGAUGUUAACACAUCUUACUCUAAAUAAAAAGGU